GGGUUUGCUGGAAGACGCGGCGACCCUUGUCAAGCUGGACGCUGUUUCUUUUUCAAAUUCUGCGCUGGAGGUUUGCGGGGAAUGGCAGUGAACCGGGAUCUCAGCUCCCAGAUCGUCGAACGGACGCCGCUGCAUCCUAUUUCUAUAUACUACGCGCAUGAAUGGCACUCAUGAAGUAAGCGGGAGCACGCAGUUAUUCGGGAAGUGGCGGCCGAGGUUUUUUUUAAGAAACCAGAGGUGUAAAGAUUGUGAGAGACUGCAAAUUCCAGGAACCAAGAGAACCGAGGAACAGACGGCUGAUUUGAAUGGCGCUGACGAGAGCCAUCCACACACCUUUUCUUCAGAUUAUCUCUGCCAGCACUCUUCGGUUACUUUUGGUAGAAUUCGUGUUAUUCUGGGGAGUUCACGGGGGGUUAACUGGCUACACUGGUCCCUGUGAUGGGAGAGAUUGUUCAGUCUGCCAAUGCUUCCCACCUAAAGGAUCGCAGGGGGAGACAGGCCCAUUAGGAAACCGUGGUCCAAGAGGAUUUCCUGGGCCUCGAGGGCCAAAAGGACAAGCAGGAGAACAAGGACAGAGAGGAGAACGUGGACUGUCUGGACCUCCUGGAAGUAAAGGGGAUAGUGGCCCGAUGGGUGUUCCUGGCUUUCCAGGAUUGGAUGGUAUUCCGGGAUUACCAGGAUUCCAAGGCCCAAGAGGUCACCCUGGCUUAGAUGGCUGCAAUGGAUCUAGAGGAGAUCCUGGUUUUCCAGGAAAUGCAGGAUUCCCAGGAAUAACUGGACUGCCGGGAUUUCCAGGUCCAAAAGGUCCAAAAGGCGAUUCCAUAUUUGCCACAUUCUGUAUGGGCCCACCAGGAGACCCAGGAUUCCAAGGAGAAGGCGGCUUUCCUGGUUACCAAGGGAACCCAGGUGAUCCAGGCAUUGCCGGACCGAGUGGACCACCAGGCCGACGUGGACUCCCAGGUAUAAAAGGAUCACGAGGUGAAAAGGGCAUUAUAUUUCCAGGACAAAAAGGUGAUAAGGGUGAACAAGGUGACCCUGGACAUGUCGAACUAAUCCAGCCUCCCGAGGAAAUUUCCUUUAAAGGAGAUCAGGGUGAGAAAGGCUUCAGAGGGCUUCCUGGGCCUCCUGGAUUUCCUGGUCCUUCAUCUGUUCCUGAAGCAAAGGGUAUGAAGGGUGACAAAGGCACCAUUGGCUUACCAGGAGAAUUGGGUUAUUCCGGGAUGAAUGGCUUUCAAGGUGCUCCAGGGAGAAAGGGCGAGCGUGGACACAGUGGUAGACCUGGACCAGGUGGCAAUCCAGGGAUGCAGGGUGACAUGGGUGACCCAGGACUCCGCGGGCCACCAGCCUCCUUAACACCUUGUGAAUGUCAGAAAGGGGAACCGGGCUUACCAGGUCUUCCAGGUAUUAAUGGAGAACCAGGGUUUGGGGGCCCUCCUGGUUUCCCAGGACUUCCAGGCAUCUCAUUUGGACCAGGUUUGCCAGGCCGAAGGGGGCCUCCGGGUUUUCUGGGUCCUAAAGGAAUGCCAGGAGAGAAAGGAAGAGAUGCACAUCGAUCUGGUUCAACCAUGGAUCCUCUCGUCGUCGAACCGCUGAUAAGUUUUCUCGGCCGCCAAGGUCGAGAAACUGCUCUAGACUACCAAUGGGCGGAUGGUCUUCCAGGCCCCCCAGGGGUGGAGGGUCCCGCUGGUUUCCAAGGUCCAAAAGGCAGUACAGGUUUUAUUUGUCGCUCACUGGGAGCACGAGGCCCACCAGGUCCAGAUGGCAGUGAAGGGAUUCCAGGUCCAAGAGGAACAGUAGGUUUAAAGGGAGAUCCAGGAAAUUGUAGCUGCUGCCCUAAUUUGAUAGGACCUCCAGGAAACCCAGGUAAAGCAGGCAUCCCAGGGAGUCCUGGAAUUCCUGGAAGAAAGGGAGUACGUGGUAUCUCUGGACAGCAAGGAUUUAUGGGAUUGCCCGGACUUGCUGGAGCUCCAGGAUUGCCGGGGCCUUCUGGUGCAAAGGGCCGGAAAGGAGAGUGCUCCAAAAAUGGAAGGAAAGGUGCGAAGGGAGCUCCUGGUGAUCCUGGCCCCAUAGGUUUGAGAGGGCUGCCAGGGCGGCCUGGUCAAGAUGGUGAUGCUGGAAUGAUGGGCAAGCCUGGACCUCCUGGUGACGAUGUAAAUGGAAUUCCAGGACCCAAGGGGAUAUCUGGCUUUCCAGGAACUCCAGGUUUCCCAGGACCACCAGGAUCUCCAGGUAUGGGUAUUUGUGGUUCAAAAGGUCAAGCUGGUCCUAUAGGAGAGGAGGGUUUUCCGGGACCUCCAGGAUCUACGGGACCUCCAGGACUUCCGGGAUCUAAAUGCCAAGCAGGUACUUCUGAAUGUCCUCACAUUACAGGGCUGCAGGGUCCAAAAGGAAUUCUGGGUCCUCAAGGCCGAGAAGGUCAUCCAGGACCACCUGGCAGCCAAGGACGAAAUGGCUUUGAUGGGGUCAAAGGUAACAAAGGGGAACCUGGCCUGAUACCAACCACGACAAUGCCAGGCUGUCAAGGACCCCCUGGUAACCCAGGUCCUCCUGGACCCCCUGGACCCUCUUGCGAUGGAGACCCAGGCUCUCCAGGAGUUCAAGGUGCUCCAGGAGAAGCAGGGCCGCCUGGUGAUUCAAGUGAAGGUUCUUUAGGACCCCCUGGACAAGUUGGACGAGAUGGCUUAAUGGGUGCGAGAGGAAAGCCUGGAGAUCCUGGAUCCCCAGGAGGACGAGGACAACAUGGAGCCCCGGGAUUCCCAGGACUCAAAGGAGUCAAAGGCAAUAUGGGCCCGAGUGGGUUGCCAGGGGAUCCCGGCCCACCGGGUGACCCGAUGAAUGGAGAGCCAGGUCCAGUUGGGCCUCCAGGACAGCCCGGUGCCUGUGGCCCUCCAGGGCUCUCUAUAAAAGGGUUUCGGGGAAAUCCAGGUCUCUUGGGACCCACAUACAUGAAAGGUCCUCCAGGCACACCUGGCAGUCCAGGACCCCGAGGCCCAGUUGGUCGACAAGGUGACCCAGGUCCUACAGGUAUCAGGGGAAGACCUGGAACUCUUGGUCCAGUAGGCUGCAAAGGUGACCAAGGCAUUACGGGAUUUCCAGGAGUACCAGGUCCACGGGGACAACCAGGCCCUUGUGGACCACAAGGACCAAAUGGGGAUUGUGGAAUGAAUGGUCCAGAUGGAAAUAAAGGGGCUAUUGGAAUAAAAGGAGAAAUUGGGGAGCCAGGAGAUAUGUCAACGCCAAUUAUCAUUUACGUAAAAGGUGACUGUGGAUUACCAGGCCUCUCCGGUGAACCGGGAUUUACAGGGCCAAGAGGAGAUAAGGGAUUUCCUGGAAUUCCAGGAACCCCUGGAAUCUGUGGCAGGCCUGGCUUACCAGGUCCCAAGAAAGGCUUGCCUGGAAUUCCUGGACCAACGGGUCCAGCUGGACGCCAGGGCUUAAUGGGAGAAAAAGGUGAAAUUGGUAUCAUGGGAUUUCCUGGAAUGAAGGGUGAGAAAGGUGAUAAUGGAGGAUGUGGAAUACCUGGAUUACCAGGAACUCCUGGUUGGAAAGGAGCAAAAGGAGACACGGGUGAAUCUAUUCUUAUGAAGUCAUUUCCUGGUGCAAAGGGAAAACCUGGUGACCCUGGAGAUUCAGGUCCUGACGGGGUCCCUGGGGAUCCUGGCCCAUGUGGUCCAAUUGGAAGGCCAGGAACACCUGGUUCAAAAGGAGUACAUGGAGCUACAGGGGUUCCUGGUUUCCCAGGUGAUCAAGGACCUCCAGGAGAUUCAGGAGCCCCAGGACCCCAAGGACCACCUGGAAUCCCUGGACCACGAGGAUCUCCGUGUGCUCCUGGUCCUCCAGGACCCAGAGGUCAGCAUGGAUCACCAGGUUUAGACGGUUUAAAUGGAUUACGAGGACAAAAAGGAAUACAUGGUCCUCCUGGACCCAGUGAACCAGGACCACCUGGGUUACGAGGACCAAUUGGAAGUAAGGGUUCAAGGGGUGAUCGUGGACCCCCUGGAGGACAGACUCCAUGCCCAGGAGGCAGUCCAGGACCUCAGGGGCCUGCAGGUAGGAAUGUACCUUAA